AUGGGUUAUUAUCUAUCAGAUGGCAUUUAUCCUGAAUGGUCAACAUUUGUGAAAAGUAUCUCAAUGCCACAAGGGGAUAAGAGAAAAUUAUUUGCCCAACAUCAAGAAGGUGCAAGAAAGGAUAUUGAACGAGCAUUUGGAGUUCUCCAAUCCCGAUUUGCAAUCAUACGUAACCCAGCUCGACCUUGGCACUUGGAUGCACUGAAGCGCAUAAUGGAUACAUGCAUCAUACUCCACAACAUGAUUGUUGAAGAUGAACGUGCCACAUAUGGUGGCAAUUUUGAUUAUUCUUAUGAGCAUUUAGGCAAUGACCCGACUGCACCACCAGAUGAUUCUAAUAAUGAUUUUCAGGAGUUUUUACGCAGAAGACAUCAUGUUCGUGACAAGGAAACUCAUCGACACCUUCAACAAAACUUGAUAGAACAUAUAUGGGAACGUUUUGGACAUGAGAAUAACCAUAACUAA